AUGGCCUCCGUUGCCUUAUCCGCUGCUUGUGCCGCACCGGUGUCGUUGUCGGCGGUGUCGGCGGUAUCAGAUGACUCUUCUGACGAUUUGCCAAUUGCGCACUCUCAUGGGCAUUCUCAUGGACAUGGACACUCUCAUAAGCCCUCUCCGGUGGCCUCUCAAGAUGUCUCUCCCGAGGCUGCCUGGACGACCUACGCCACAGUGUUCGAGACUUCUGUCGCCACGGUUUAUGAGACAUACAUCAUUACGGUGACUCCGACCAUCACACCAGUGGCCGAAUCUACCUUUUCACCAGCGGCCGAAUCUACCAUCUCAUCGGCGGCCGAAUCUACUUUCUCACCAGUGGCUGAAUCCACCUUCUAUACAGUGGCUUCCUUCACUUCUGAAUCUUCUGCUAUCUUCACCGCGGCACCUUCUUCUACUUUCUCGACGGUGUAUUUCUCUACGACCUCUACCUCUGCAUGGUCUUUCACCUCCGAGGUUGCUUCCUCUUUCUCCACGGCAACUUCUACAAUCGCCUCUUCCUCUACUGCAUCUUCAUCUACCGCAUCUUCUGCGGCUUCUUCUGCGACCGCUUCAUCCACGGCUUCCCCAUCCACUUCUAUCCUACUGCCGCUUUAUAUCUGGCCCACUGAUAACACCACCUGGGCCCCCGUCUACGAAGCCGCAGCUGGACACCCCGAUAUCGAGUUCAAGGUCAUUGUCAACCCCGACAGCGGCCCAGGCGAUACUACCUACCCAGAAGCGGCAUACAUUGCGGGUAUUGCGCAGUUGAACAGCUAUGACAAUGUCGUGGUCCUCGGAUACAUCCCAACAGAAUAUGGUACCCGUUCUGCCUCGGAUGUUGAGAGUGACAUCUCCACUUACAGCGGCUGGUCUGCAUACACGGCGAAGAACAUCACCGUCUCCGGCAUUUUCUUCGACGAAGCACCGAGAACCGACGAUACCUCCUUGAUUUCAUACAUGACCGAGGUCGCAGACAAUGCCAGAUCCUCUAACCUAGACUUUAUCGUCUUCAACCCUGGUACCAAGCUAGAGGAGGGCGCGGUAAACGGAUACUUUGAUGCUGCAGACUUGAUCGUUGAAUUUGAAAACUCCUAUGAUGCUUGGAUCGAUGCUGUGCCGGCGGACGAGUUUUCUUCUACGGAGGACUAUUCCAAGGAUGCGGUUCUCUUGUACAGUGCGCCCACUGAUGCAAACUACGAGACUGUUAUCAAGGAAGCGAAGGAUAUGGGUCUUGGUGCUGCGUAUUUGACCAACACUGUUGACUAUAAGUCUGCUGAUACCGUUCUGAAGGUGACAGCCGCUAUGGUUUCGGCUUCCGACUAG